CGUAACGACAGCGUCACGUUCCGCUUUACGGCAGAGCGUGCUGCUGGAGGUCAGGGUUUCGAAGAGAAGCUAGCGCAUUAGCCUGUAACGAAAACCCCGUGUUUUUACCCGUUCGACGUAAGAUUCAACGUACACGUUAACGGGACGACGUCCGUUUGUCUCGGUCUCCCCGGCCGCUCGUCCGCGUGUCAGCUUGUCUUGUCUUUUGGGUAUUGCGUCACAGCUAGCGCUUGCUAACGUUAGCCAGCUAGCGGAUCCAGUUUCCACCAGGUGACCCGUCCGGAACCCUCUGCAGCCAUGGACGGCAGCUCGCAAGGCUCGGGAGGAAUGAAGGGAGGUAUCGGCGGUCUCUUUGGAGGCGGCGCACCCGAAUACUCCAACACAGAGCUGGCCGGUGUCCCCCUGACCGGAAUGAGUCCUCUGUCUCCUUACCUCAAUGUCGACCCGCGUUACCUGGUGCAGGACACGGAUGAGUUUAUUCUACCCACCGGCGCCAGUAAAACCAGAGGGAGGUUUGAACUGGCUUUCUUCACCAUUGGAGGAUCCUGCAUGACUGGAGCCGCGUUAGGAGCUGCAAAUGGUCUCCGAAUGAGCUUAAAGGAAACCAGAGACAUGGGCUGGUCAAAACCUCGAAACGUACAGAUCCUCAACAUGGUGACCAGACAGGGUGCUUCAUGGGCCAACUCUCUGGGCUCUGUUGCCUUGUUGUACAGCGUGUUUGGUGUGGCGAUAGAAAAGGCCAGAGGAGCAGAGGACGACAUCAACACAGUGGCUGCUGGGACGUUAACUGGGAUGCUCUUUAAAUCAGGCAGUGGCCUGAGGGGUGCAGCCCGAGGAGGUCUGGCUGGUUUAGCCUUGUCUGGUGCCUACGCUCUCUACAACAACUGGGACCACCUCACAGGCUCCUCUUCAUCCUCCCGGCUUUAUUAACCCCCCCCUCCCAGAGUCACCUGCUUCUGCAUUAGAGCCAACAGUCACGCAGCCUUUAACCACAGCGCUAAGAGGGAUUAGACGUGGGGUCAAAUGCCGUGUGCUUUUCAGGGAAGUGUGGGGGGCUGCUCCCAGUUUGCUGGUUCUCCCCUUCAGCCACUUUCUUUUCCCAGGAUUACUCUUGAAUGAAAGGAGAAGAUUGGACUAAAUUCUCCUGGACAUCUAGAUUAAGAUUGUCCCCCCCCCCCCCUCUUCCUUUUGUCUUUACCCUCUGAGGCCUGUCACUCAUCUGAUCAGAAACGAGAAGACACCGUGAGGAUGUCGUUUGUUAUAUCAUUGUUUAUGGGAGACUUGGUCUUCUUUGCUUGUCUUCAAAUCAAUGACCCAAUCAGUGAGAGGACAUCUGGUGCGUGUGGCUCACCAGGUGAAUGUACCUGAGUUCGGACCAAAGGACUUUGGCAGGAGAGCGAAGAGAUUUUCAACUACAAUCCACGAACGAAGAACUAAGCCUUUGGGUCAGCUCUACUCUCGUAUUUAUUGACGCGUAUCUGCGGCGGGUUCUGUUUUACUUUACAGGUGGGGAAUCACUGUAAUGCUGUUUGUGGCUCCAUCAAACCAGAUGUAUCAAGAACUCAUAUUAAAAAAUGACAAAUAUUGACAAAGA